AAAAUAAAAUAAGGACCUCUUGGAAUUAUCUCUCAAAAUUCGGAAGGAAAAAUCAGUAACAGAAGAACCAAAUUUUUGUAGUUAGUUUUUGGAUGAAUUAGGCACCAUUCUGGCCAAGGCGAACCCUCUAAAUUAAGGAGCAUGGUGUGAUAUGAAGACCUUAGACCAUUGUAGAAAUGCCCUCCAAGAAAUGUUACUGCCCCGUCACUCACGUCAUCUUUGACUGCGAUGGAACCUUGAUAGAUAGCGAAGGUAUCUACCUCAAAACGGUUCAAGACUUGCUGGCUAAAUAUGGCAAAACGUACACCAAAGCCGAUCAGACGAACCAUAUGGGAAUGGCGGCCGGUGCAUUUUCCCAACACAUCGUCAAGGAUCUAAAUCUUCCGUUGUCACCUGCGGAAUUUCAAAAGGAAUUCGAGGCAGCUGUUGAUAAGAGCAUGGGAAGAGUGGCUCUUCUGCCGGGGGUCAGGGAUCUGAUUCUCCACUUGCACGAAUACCGCAUACCCUUCUGCAUAGCCACAAGUUCGUUUAGACAACUGUUCAAAGUGAAGGCCGAGUCCUUCAAGGAUAUCUUCCUGGCCUUUCACCACGUUGUCUGUGGCGAUGAUCCGGAACUGGGACCCGGAAGAGGAAAGCCCAACCCAGAUAUAUAUCUCCUGGCCGCCUCGCGAUUCAAUCCACCCGCAGAUCCCAAAAAGUGCCUUAUAUUCGAGGAUGCUCCAGUGGGCCUCAUAGGGGGAAAGGCAGCGGGAUCCCAAGUCAUCUUUAUUCCACCUGAUCAUGUUUCCAAGCAGCAGAAAAAGGGCGCCACCAUGGUUCUCAAAUCGAUGGCGGACUUUAAGCCUGAGCUCUUUGGUCUCCCACCCUUUGACGCCUGCUCCAAAUUCGAGUUUGGCUAACCCCCAGCACUCAAAAUUGAUCCGUCAAAACUAGUAUUCUACUU